AUGGCAGGCGCCAAUGACGACGGCGGCGAUGAAAUGAUAUUCCCCGCUUCGCAGGCGAGCUCGCAUUUCCCCCUUGAGCCAGUCUCCGCAGCCGUCCUCUGCAGUCGGGAGACGAAGCGCAGAGAUGCAACGGUGGCGAGGGGUCGAGUGCAGGUCGGGAGCCGGGAGGUCGAUGAGGAGGUCCUCUGUGGCGGGUUCGAGAGGGGGAGUGUUGUUGGGCUUAGUUCUGAGAGUGAGCAGAUGGGGAUCUUGAUUUCGAUGCAGGCCCUGGCCAAGACACUCUGCGGAAAGGAGCUCGAGAAUGAUGAGAGGGGCAAGGAGGCGAGGGUGAUGGUUGUCACGACGCAGCCUCCUGCGGCCAUCCUCCCGCCGCUGAGGGAUGCCAUUCGAACGGAGCUCGUGGUCCGCGGCGCCGCUGAGGCGGAUGUGGCGACGAGGUUGAGGCGGUGUUUGGGGAGGGUCUCUGUCUCGAGGGUGUUUGAUUUCGAGGGCUUGUGGGAGGCUCUUGGCGACUUGGACAUUCUGCCUGAGAGUCCUGAGCCACGCGUGGUCUCCUCCCCCGGGGUUCGCGCACCAUCUAGGGAGCGGUUGAAGGAUGAUGAUAAGCAUGAUACGGGAGACGAUAAGAGGAAUGAAGGGGUUGCGGAAGGCUCGGCCGGUGUGGAAGCGCCUGCUGAGGAUGCGGCGAAUUCGUCGAGGGGACAAGAGCAUGCUGCGCCUGAGCCAGAAGUAUCUCAACAGCCCGAGAGGAUUGUGUUGCCGGAACUCAAGCCACGGCCUCAGCCGAUCAAAUCUACGAGAACAGAGAUCGCGGACAGUGACGAGGAUGACGAUGAGGACGCCAUCUCGCUGCCAUCUUCGUCGUCGUCUUCGCUGUCACCGCCGCCUUCGACAAUUCGGUCCCCGACGCCGUUUAUGGCUGCAGAUUCUCCCGAGAGAGGAGCGGAUGAAGAGGAAGUUACUGAAGGCUCACAGGGGGACGACCUGAAUAAUAAUGUUGAAGGAACGCCAGAACAAGUCACAGAAGAGCUUCACGAGGAGGAGACUGAGAGUAGACCACCGCCGCCGGAGAACAAGAUUCCCGAGGCCACCGCAGCCGUAGCAGCACCCGAGAGCAGAUCCCCAGAAGACGACGAUUCGAAAGGUCCAACCUUGCCGGAUAUCAUCCUCAUCACCCACUUCCACAGCCUCAUGACGGCCCUCUUCACCCGCCGCGACCGUCAGUCCGCGCAUGACUCGCUCCAACGCCUCUCCUCCCACCUGCGGUAUCUAUCCAGAAACCUGGAGACUAGCCCCUUGAUCAUGCUCCUCAACAGCACGAGCUCUUCAAAAGAGUCGACGGUAUCCAAGCCCGCGAAUGCCCAGGGAGGUCAGCCGCCGCCACCACCGAAUGGAGGAGAACAUGGCACUGGCAGUGGUGGUAAGGCGGUCGACCCGACGCUGCGAUCCAUCUUUAACCCACCGGCGCUGAAUAUCACGGGUUACGGCUACGGCGGGAACCAGGCGGCGUCGAGGCGGAAUAAACCCACCUUUGGGCUUGUGUUUUCGCAGCUUCUCGAUUUGCACCUGCUGUGUACGAAAAUACCUAGGGAUAAGGAAGAUGCUGAGAGAUUGUAUACUGCUGCGCCUGGGGGCGGCGGUGGAGGGGAAGAUGAUGGCACAGGGGGUGUGAGAUUUGUGUGGGCUUUGGAGGUCCUUCUUGACGAGAUUGGUGUUUGGGAGCACGGGACGGAAGCGGAAGUGGGAGGAAGAAGAAGGGGCUCGAGAAAGAGCAGAGAGCAGCGAUGGGGUGUUGUUGAUGUCAGGAGCGGGCGGGUUGUCGAUGCCUUUGAGGCGGUGGAACGGAAGAAGGCUGGGGAGAUUCGGGUUGUUGGCGGGUUUGGGGGCCCGCGACGAGGUAACAAAAUGGCCGUGGGACACACUUCCUGGAUGCAUCGCGGCGGACGGUACAUCAUGCCCUUGGACCCGGUAUUCUCGGACUCGGGCGACGACACCUUGUUGUCCUACACAACCGCCAAGACACGACUUGUCUACAUUCUCAACCAGUCAAAGCCAACAAUGGAUCUGAAUAUCACAUGCACCGGGAAGAAGUGGAACAUCAUGCAGAGCCGCGACGGUGCGGUGGCUAUGAUCGGGAGCGAGUACUUCUCCAUGGGGCAUCGAAUACAAAUCCGUUUCAACCCUUCUACUUCUCUCCGUCGAAAUCUCUCUGAAAAGCUGAUACGUCACGUUCGCUCAUCGUCAGUGGAUUCUUCGCCGUCGUCGCCGUCUGCGGCUGCUUCGAUAUCGGAUACCCAAGAUAUUGAGGAUAUGAAGGCGAGUUGUGUCUUGCCAUACGCGGCUGUGGCUGCUUCUGUCUCGGCUUUUGCUUUACCCGAGACUAGGCCCGAGCCGUCAAUAGUAAGAAUCCAGGAUGGGAGCUCGAGGGAGUCGAGUUGGGAGACAACGCGGGCACGGAGUUAUGACAAGUCAUCGUCACUCGGCCAUGUGGUCAAUGCCAUUGGCGGCAUGUUCUACCAAGCUGCUGGAGCCGUGGCCCAGGCCGGUAGACGCGUGAUGGGACAUCCAACCGACGCCCACGACAUCGGAACCGGCCACGCAGCGCCGGUCGUACUACAGCAAAUAACAAGUGAAGAUCCGAGAUCGCGUCAAGAAGAAGCAGACAAAGGGGAGAAUCUCUUGACGUUGAUCAACGAGAGCGGCAUGCAAACGGAGUACUUCACGACGCUCCUCACCUCAUACGACAAGGUCCACGACAUGCUUCUCAGCAACAACGACGAGCAAACGCAGAAACAAGAGCAGUUCACGAUCUUCGUCCCCACGGACUCGGCCUUUCGGAAGCUCGAGGGCGUUUUCGAACUCAGCCGAGCGGAGCUACUCGGCGAGAUCCUCGAGUACCACGUUCUUCCGGGGCGGUAUACUUACCAAGACCUCCGCGGUCUGCGGACGGCGGAAACGGUUCUCGAAAAAGGUGGGGGCGGGGAGCUUCGACGGCAGAGACUGAGGACCACGGAGGGGCCAUCGGGUGUUGAGAUCAAUUUUUACGCCCGGGUUCUCGCUUCCGAAUCGAGGGAGAGCGGGGAUGGUGCUGUUGUCGUCCACUUUAUAGACGAGGUUCUGAUUCCGCCGCCGCGGUGGGAUAUACUCGUCGGUGCUGCGGUGCCGGAGGAUAUGCUGGGGGCUUUUGCGAAGGCGGUGAAGCGGAGCGGAGUGAGCGAGGAAGUUUUGCGGCGCCUGCGCGGUGGCUCUGGGAUCACGGUGUUUGCGCCGUCGAAUGAGGCGUGGGAUAAGUUGGGCGAGGAAGCGAUGGAUUUCCUCUUUUCUUCGCGGGAGGGGGCCAAGUUUCUCGAGGCUUUGGUGAGGUAUCAUUUUGUUGCGGAGGUGAUUUAUACGGACUUUUUCAAAGGCGUGGAGAUGGAUGAGGAGGAGAUGGAGAAGAAGACCGACGGGGGGAGGGACCUCGGGGAGGACGCCGACGGGGCGGGGCGGGUGCGACGGGAUGUUCAGACUCUGCUUGACGGGGCGAGGGUCACGAUCGAGGCGGUGGUUUUUCGCAGCGCGAGACGUACGGGCAACGCUAGACGGCCGGUGGGCGUAGUGAAGGGGGGUGUUGGGGUGAAUGGGGCGGCGGUAUCAGCGAGAGAUGUGCCGGUCAGGGAUGGCGUUGUGCAUAUCCUGGACGAGGUGCUCUUGCCACCGCCAGCGCCGCCGCUAUUGUCGUCGACUUCGUCUUCGUGGAGGAUUGGCGUGGAGGAACUCAAGAGGCGGCUGGCCCGGUUUGUUGAAUUAGGAGAGGAGGGCGAUUGGAGCGAAGAGUUGUAG